AUGGCAAGCAGUAGUAAGAAGGUAAAGACAUACCACUUUCAUUCGGAAUGGGAAGAACAGUACUUUUUUACAGAAGUUAAAGGUAAAAAUGUGUGUUUGUUAUGUAAUACUUCGGUCUCCGUUGCUAAAAAAGGAAAUAUUGAGAGACAUCAUACAACUGUACAUUCUAAUUUUGAAAAAUCAUUCCCACUACAUUCUGUCGCCAGAAAGGAGAAACUGAAACAGUUAAAAAAUCAGUUAAUCGGACAACAAUCAAUAUUUUUAAGAACAGUCGACAAAAAUAAGGCUGCAACUGAAGCAUCGUACCGUGUGUCCCAGAUAAUUGCACAAAAAAAGAAACCUUAUGAAGACGGGGAAAUGAUAAAACAGGCGUUUUUAGAAGCUGCUGAUUUGUUAUUUGCCAACUUUAGAAAUAAAGACGAGAUACUUUCAGCUAUAAAAUCUAUGCAACUUUCUGCUAAUACAGUGAUGAGACGUGUAGAAGUAAUGAGCAAUGAUAUUUUUUUACAGUUAAGAACUGACUUAGAUAACUGUGUUUAUUUUUCACUUCAACUGGAUGAAUCAACAGAUGUGGUUGAGACUGCCCAGAUGGCCGUGUUCGUCAGGAUGGUUUUUAGUGAUUUUACGAUUAAAGAAGAUCUUUUGAAGUUUAUUCCACUGAAAGGAUACACUACUGGACAGGGAGUUGUUUUCAUUUAA